AUUCAAACCGUUACCUUACCCCUCCCUCUACCAUGCGGCCCCUGUGCCGCCGCGCUGGCAGCGCGCUGGCGACUGCCGCGGCUUUCGCGCCGCUGUGCUGCGCGCUGGAGCUGGUCCACGAGGGGCCCUGCGAGUGCCUGAACUGGAAGGAGACUUACGGCUCCGGGGCGGCCGCGUGCUCACGGCCCCGGCCCGGCCCCAACGACGGCAUGCUCCUCGGCAUGAACGACUCGCAGGUGGUAGGGGCCGAGCUCUGCGACACCUUCCUGUCCCACCUCGACGACAGCUCGUGCCUGAACGUAAACGGGGGUUCUGGUCUGUCGCACUCUGGCCAGUGGUGCUACGUGUCGCAGAAGUGUCAGAGCGGUGUGGCAACAGGCGGUGCCGCAUCGGUUCUGCUGAAGCGCUGCUCUGCCGGCGAAGACGCGCUGCUGGGCGAUAAGUCGCCCGAGGACCUGUUCAAUUUCGCCAAAGUGAAAGGUCUAAGCCCAGCGCUCUUUAUGAAAGUUGCCUACCCUGUUGAGAAGGGGCUCCUCCCGUUCCACGUCCGGGCCUUCUUUGGCUUGGAGCCCAACGUGAGGAUCGGUGCCCCGAGCGCAGCCGUGCUGGCCCGGAUCGAGGAGCUGCGUGACGCUGCCGCCCCAGUGGUUUUGGAUUCGCUGGACAGCGCUCCGCCUUUUGCCGUCAUUCAAGGCCCAAAGACCUACCUCGUCGACCACGAGACCGAUGGCUCCGAUGACAGACCCGCCGCGCGGGCGGUUAUGGAGCUGAUCAGCCCGCGCCGUUGA